AUCAUCUCUCGUUCUCUCUGUUCCUUACUUCCUCCUCUCUUGCAGGCCAUAAUAAAGUUUGCCUCAAUCACAAAACUCACAGUCCCUACUUCUUUCUUCUUCAAAAACCUCACGAGCAAUCCUGUUUGAUCUCUCAACCAUACGCAAAAAUGCUAGAUCCAGCUACUGAAUUGAUGCCUGCACCAUCUUCACCGACCAUCUCGUCCGUUUCCUCCUCCGAUCUUGACACUGAGUCCACGGGGUCAUUUUUCCAUGAUAGAAGCACUACUUUGGGUACUUUGAUGGGAGUGAGCUUCCCGGCCAUCACAUUCAGAGCCCCAUCUCAGCACCGAGACCCGCAUUCCGCCACCGCUGGAUCCGCCGCACCGUUAGGCGGCUCCAGGAGAGGCAUCAAGCCUAAUAAGAAAAACAUGAGAGCAAAGGCGGUGGACGCGGCGGCUGUCGUAGCAGAAAGGCGAAGGAGAUGGUGGAGCCUGUGCAGGGACGGCGACGCGAGGCCGGCAGCUUCGCUCGGCGACUUUCUUGAGGUGGAACGGAGAUUCGGAGACGGCGAGUUUUACGGUACGGCGGCCGAGCUCGAAGGAAUGGUCAUGGGUCAGCAGAGGAAUAGUGGUCGAGUGUUAUUCGCGAACGGUAGAGUUCUCCCACCGGCCACCGACGUCGACGACGGAGCUUCCACGGCAGGAAGUCUUUGCAAUAGAUUCCCGGUUUCACUCACCGGGAUCUGUAGCGGCGGGGCAUAAUGGAUAGGAAGGAUAAAGCUCCGAGUUUUGAAUUUUCAAUCAAUUAAAAAAACAAAAAAGAAAAAGAAAAUGGGGACUGUUUUGGAGGUUGUUUGGAUGAUGGUGAUUGAUGACUAAUUAGUAAUCAAAUUAUUUUUCAGUGUGCAUUUCAUCUUGUGGUUUUGGUUUACAGGCAAAAAGCAAGGUGAUGCCUUUUGGGCUCUUUUACUUUCUUCUUUUCCUUUUUGAUUUGGGAGUGGUCCAUAUUAUAAUCAAUCUACAAAUGGGUGAUUGACAUUAAUCAUGUGUCCCUUUUGGCAAAAUUCAAAUCAAUUACUGAUGUAAAAAUGGUUUUUAGGGCAUCCCUUUGAUUGUUGCAUCAAUCAAACCCACUUACAGGAAAUGGAAUUUUGUCCUGUGUGUUCAUGGACAAAUUUGUC